GGUGACGCCGAGAAGCCGUCUCCACGGCAAGAAGCUGGUCAGGGGCGCGGCGGCGGCCAGCGCCGACGCCAAGCCCACCAGUGCGGCCAUGGCUCAGGUCAUCGAGGACUUGCGGAGCCAGAUAGAGCAGCAGAGUCAGGAUAGCCGCGAGCAGCAACGACUCAUCGAGAACCUGCACUCCGAGAUCGGUCGCCUCAGGCGCACCAACGCGGAGCUGGAGUCCGAAGUAGACUGGGCCCACAUGGAUGCGCUGGAGCUUCACUACCGCGAGGUCGAGAGGUCCAGGGGCUGCAGCUGGGGCGAAACGCAACCAGUUCCUGAAUUGAGCCAGUUCGCCGCCCCCAAGCUGCGCAUCGACAAAGUCGAGCACCCGAUUAGGCCAGCGGUGUUUCAGGCGUUCCUCACGCCGCCCUGCUCGUCCCGCGUCCACGUGCAAGACGAGAGCGGCAGGGGGCUUAGCUGCAGCGCUACAUCGACGCGUGACUUCUGCCAUUGAGUUGGCAAGCGGAACUCCAGAAGCAUGUGUACGUGUACAU